CAGCGCGAUUGGGGACCUGCUCUCUCCCCACCAGUCCCUCGGGCCUGAGGCAUCGCGAGCUGCUCUCGGCCUCGUCGUUCCGCCAGCAAAUUCUUCGGAGGAUGGCUGUUAGCCUGCGGAGGGGCCGCCCAUCCCCGGAGUAGAGAGUCGAGGGCAGGCCGGGCCGGGGCUGCCUGGAGCUGGCGGGUCGAAGCAGGGCAUUACGUGUGGUGGGGCGGGGGAAGGAGAGGCCGGAGGGAGCCGCGGAUCCCCUGACGCCGCAUCAGUUUUGCGUCCUCCCGCGCUGGCGCCCUAUUGGCUCUCCUCUGUGCCGCUCUCCGACUGCCUUCGCUUAUUGGGCGGCGCUAUUGAGUGCCGCCCCCUACUUCCUCGCGCCCGCCGGCUGGGUGGCGGCCGCCCUGAGGAGCGGUGGCCGUGGCUGUGGUGGGGCUGGGGCUGAGGCUGAGAUGGUGGCUCACUAGGAGUGGCGUGGCAACCAGAGUGUCAUCAUGGCAGCCAAGGCUUAUAGUCCCUCUGAAGGGGACCUUCAGCCUUCGUCACUAGGCGUAGCCCCUGCUCACCUGAAUGGGUCCGAUAAGCUAAAUAGAUCCUACCCCUGGGCCAACAGGAGCAGGAAAAGUCAGCUCUCUGAACUUGGUCGGCUUAGAACAUCUCUGUCUGGUGAGCACAGUAUUUUGAGAUUGAGUUCAUGUGUCAUUAGUCAAGGGGAGAAAUGGAGCUCUUACUGUUUAUCUUCACUGGCAGCUCAUAACAUUUGUACCAGCAAAAUUGGUAGCUCGUGGGCUCAGUGGGAUUCUGUUUCUUUCUCCACUUCCACUGGAAGUUCUUCUUGCUCCUUUUUGCAUGCCCUCACUGGGGAGGAAUCCACCCAGCACCUCCUAACUGCUGCACGCAAUCCGAACAAAGCCGUCUUCACUGUGGAUGUCAACACAACAGAGAUCCUAGUGGCUAAUGACAAAGCCUGCAAGCUGCUUGGCUGCAGUAGUCAGGAACUCAUUGGUCAAAAGCUGUCUCGUUUGAUAUCCAAAUCCAGUCAAGAAGUAUGGGAAGCUGUGGGUGAAGACUACAUAGAAACUGAUGAAUGUUCAUUGGUGGUUUCAGGAACAGUGGUGGAUGUGAUAGGCCGUCUCAAAGAGAAGAUCCCUGUCUCAGUCUGGCUGAGGCGAAUAAGAAGCAAGGACAACCAGUGUUGUGUCGUUGUGCUGGAACCAGUGGAAAGACUUUCAGCUUCUGUUUCCUUCAGGGAUGAUGGAGAGAUUACGUCGUGUGACCUCCUUUUUGCCCAUCUCCAUGGCUACCCAAAAUUGGAAGAAGUAGUUGGGCUCCACAUAAAGGACCUGAUUCCUUCUGUGCGGAUCCCUCCUCUAGGCAAAAAAAUCCCAAAGAACCUCAGGAUCCAGCAAGCUGUAGGCCAAUCCAGAGAGGGUAACAGUUUUCCUCUCAGUUUAAAGCUGCAAGUAAGCCUUCUGGAGGAGGACCAAGCGGCAGUGCAGAAAGAUGGUGUUCCGCAGACAGAAAAGGAUGGCUCUUUCACAGGCUAUCAUUACUCUACUACAGUUGUGGUUUUCUCCACCAUCAGUGGUCUUAUUACUGUCCAUUCAGAUGGAACCAUUUGUGGCAUCAAGGAUAGUUUCGCUUUAAUGCUUUUUGGCUAUGAAAAGAAAGAACUGUUGGGAAAGAACAUUACGUUCCUGAUCCCUGGUUUCUAUAACAACAUGAAAAGAAGCAGUGACUGUUCUUUGCCAUUACCUCCUCUUGAUGACUCCACAGGGACAGAGAGCGAGUGCAUCUUUGAAGAGGUUGCUGCCUGCCAUACAACUGGCUCUGGCUUCUGUAACAAAGACAGCAGCUUCUUGACUGCACCUUCAGCAAGCCUUCUGUCAAGAGAUGAAGAGCAGAAAUUGGAAAGAAGACACAAAGUUGACAAAUUAAUACAGGAUGAGACAAAACAAAAGAAUGGGACUGGUUUAUGUUCUACUCCCUCACUUCCUCAAGUGACAUCCACGCUGUCUAAUAGGCUAGAAGACAAUCUAGAUACCACAUCCUAUAGUCCAAUUAAGCUGCCUUCUGAUGUUACUUGUAACUCACCUGGAACACCAACAAUAGAUGAGCCCUGGUCUGGGACAACUUCAGACUGCAGACAAGACUUUCAAAGCCACAUGGUUACAGGGCAGUUGUCAGAACCAAACUUGAUGUGUGAUGCAAAACAUUCCAGCCUUGAGCACAUUGUCAUUAAGAACUGCCUGCUAAAUGAUGCUUUGUCCUUCUGUGCAAAUGGAAGAAAUAGUAUCUAUAAUGUUUGCUCAGGAAAUAAAAUGGGUUUCAGUGCCUCUGCACCUGGAGCUGCCACAAACUCUGCAGAGGUUAAAGAAUCUGACACUGAGCUGAACUGUAUUUGCUCUGGUCUUGAGGUACUGGGUCUGAAUGUUGGUGUCAAGGGGAGCUCAGACAAUUGUUUAGAUAUUACUGCAGCUCUUGUAGGAGCAUCCUCCUCUAAUGCAGUGGACUUAGCUGUAGGCAAUAUGCUAACUCAGAAAAACAGUGACUUUUCAACUGGGCAAGAAAAGAAGCUGUCAAAUGGUGUUGCCAUAGAACAUGAUUCUGGGUGGCUGGCCUCCCAAAGGCAUUUAGAAAACUCUGAAGAAUCUUCCACAGCAUUUACUGAGAAGCCUGAAACUCUUGCAGAGACUAAGGGGGACAACUUCAGCAGAAACCCACUGAAGAGCAAAUGUAAUCCUGAAGAAGACUGUCAGUUGCAUGGGCAGCAAAAUAUGGAGAUAAAAUUAACAUCGACCCCAGUGAAACAAGAAGCAGUGAAGUUUGAAGGAGGGCUGAAUCCAGCAGCUCCUUUGACCUUGGAGAUUCUGGAAGGCAGCUACACUGAGAAUUGCUGUCACAGAGAUGGUUCACAAUUAAGUAUACUCUAUGAAGUGAAACGUGUAGAACUGCAGGACCCUGCUGUACUUUUCUGUGUCUGGGUGGUGAAAGACCUUCUACAGAGCCAUAAGGAAGCUGUAGCAAAGACUCAGCUUUUGCUCUCCAGUCUAGCAAGCUCUGCCCAAUCUAUUGCAGAUAUUUCUACACAUAGUCUUGGAGAAGCCAUCAGAUCUACUUCACUUUUUGAGAGUUCCCGAAGAGCUGAAGAGCUUGAAGGAUUAAGGGCAUGUGAGGGAGAAUAUGCAAAAAAUUACGACACUCUCAGUCUUAUUGGCAAAGGAUCUUUUGGCUUUGUCUGGACUGCUAUGGACAAGAGAGAUCAGCAGGAGGUUGUCGUAAAGUUCAUCUGGAAGGAGAGGGUGCUUGCGGACUGCUGGGUAGAUGAUCCUGAUCUGGGGAGAGUUACUCAAGAAAUCGCAAUCCUGUUGAAGCUGCAGCACCCCAGUAUCAUUAAGGUGCUGGAUGUAUUUGAAAAUGCACAUUUCUUCCAGCUGGUAAUGGAGAAGCAUGGAUCUGGUCUGGAUCUCUUUACAUUCAUUGAUAAUCAGCCCAACUUGGAUGAGCCAUUAGCAAGCUAUAUAUUCAGACAGCUUGUAUCAGCUGUUGGGUAUCUCCACUGUAGAAACAUCCUUCACAGAGAUAUCAAGGAUGAAAACAUUGUCAUUGCUGAAGAUUUCACAAUUAAAUUAGUGGACUUUGGUUCAGCCGCCUACCUGGAACCUGGAAAAUUGUUUUAUACUUUCUGUGGGACAAUUGAAUACUGCUCACCAGAAGUGCUGUCUGGCAAACCGUACCAGGGCCCUGAGCUGGAGAUGUGGUCACUUGGUGUCACCCUUUAUACAUUAGUGUUUGGAGAGAAUCCCUUCUGUGAGCUGGAGGAGGCCAUGGCAGCUGUCCUGAAUCCUCCUCGGCCUGUGUCGAAAGGUCUCAUGGAUCUCAUCGCUGGGCUUUUGCAUCCUAUUCCAGAGCAGCGCAUGACUCUAGUGAUGUUAGCAGAGGAUUGUUGGCUGAAGCAGCCCGUGAACCUGGGUGAUUAUAUCUGGGAAGAAGUAUACAUCUCUGUUGAGACAGCACAGGCCCCAUCUGUGGAACCAUUCCUCCCUCACCGCAGGACAUGCACCGUCACUCAAGAACCAGCAGGAAUUAAUUGUGCUUCUCUCCUGAAGAAAGAUUGCAACUGCUUCUCUCUUGGUCAGCACCACGCGGUUGGCAGCUCUGCCUGGGCACAGUUCCUCUAGUAAAGCUCCUUCCUAAUAAGCAUUUGUAAUUAUUCUUACACAGGAUGUGCUUUAAUGCUGUGAAAUAAAGAUUUUGAUGGCUUGUGUAAAUUGUUCAUAACUAAGAAUAUAUUUUUAUUGGCUGUUUUGGCUUUUUAUAUGUAGCUUCUCUCUUUCUGAAAAGUGAAUGAACCUUUGUCUCGGUUGAUUGA